GGGUCUAGGUUCUUCAAAAAGGCGUGUAGCGAUUUUUAAAGGUCGGCAACGUGCAUGUAACACCUCUGGAGUUGCAGGCGUUCAUAGGCUACGGUGACUGCUAUCAAGCUUGUUUGUCACCGUCGUGGUAUAAAAUAAAGGACGUUAUUACAUCUAUCCUUUAGCCAGACACUUUCUGUUAUCUUGGUGCUAAGGGGGAAAACAACAUUUACCUUUCAGCAUAGGAUGAAUGUGUUACGAUGUUUAUGCCAUUAUUGUUUUUGCCUAUUACCCAUUCGCCAUUCUGUACAAUAUGAAUUCCACACAACUGAGUUUCAUCACAUGCAUAAGGCUUCACAGUGAUAACAACUUCAAUGACAUGAUGAGUAUGUGGGUAACAUUUGUACUAAGUCAGGGGCAGCUAGACUGCUAGCCAAAAUUUAAAUAAUUUAUAGAUCCAGCAGUUUGCGGAAAUUGUAUGCAUAAUAUUUAUUUCGUAAUUUUUUCCAAUGUUUAUUUAUGUUUGACGACCGGUCUGGCCUCGUUGGUAGUGACCCUGCCUAUGAAGCCGAUGGUCCCGGGUUCAAAUCCUGGUAAGGGCAUUUAUUCGUGUGAUGAGCAUGGAUAUUUGUUCCUGAGUCAUGGGUGUUUUCUAUGUAUUUAAGUAUUUAUAAAUAAUUAUAUAUUAUAUAUAUCGUUGUCUAAGUACCCUCAACACAAGCCUUAUUGAGGUUACUGUGGGACUUAGUCAAUUUGUGUAAUAAUGUCCUAUAAUAUUUAUUAUUAUUAUUCUGUGAUUAUUCUGCUAUUCAGGGCGAAGACAAAUCCGACGAACCAAAAAUCAUGAAAUUCGGUCCAGGCGAGAUCCAGGCGUUCUCGAGUUAUAAAAGUGUUAUAACCAACCCGACUUUGUUUUGCGAUUUGCAGCUGCAGCCCAGUUUGCUCAAUUUCUCUUUCAUUUGAUGACCGGUCUGGCCUAGUGGGUAGUGACCCUGCCUAUGAAGACGAUGGUCCUGGGUUCGAAUGCCGUUAAGGGCAUUUAUUUGUGUGAUGAGCACAGAUAUUUGUUCCUGAGUCAUGGAUGUUUUCUAUGCACCUAUUUAAGUAUUUGUAUACAUACUCGUAUUAAUCAUAUUAUACACCGUGCUUUUAUUGAAUUGCGUUAACUCCGGGGUUUCGGUAUGUCAGUAUUUAUAUGUGGGUAGAUUAAGAUGUAGGGUAGGUUGCAGCGGCAUGCGAGAAAAUAAUAAAUCAGUCUAUACUCAGCUAUGGUGGUUUCAUUAUACAAUUCAUAACACUUUACAUGGCGCAGCCGGAAAAAAGACUUAUAUACUUAAUGUAAAAUUAUAGAUAAAGUGUAAAAACUCUGUUCGGUUAUAAGUAAACUUGUGUGUCGUUAUUAAUAAAUAAGUAUUGUGAAAGUGAGGAUCGUUAAUCGCCACAAUGGAGUCAGUGCUGCAUCCGCCAUUACCGUUCAAAUUUGAGAACAAUUUAGUGAACGUUACAUCGGGAAAUUUAUGCAAAGAAUGGGAUAAAUGGAAAAAAGCCUUUUUAAUUUAUUACGAAGCUUGUGAAAUCGCGAAAAAACCACAAAAGGUUCAAAUUAACAUUUUACUGCAUAUAAUAGGUGAUAAGUGCCGCGAGGUAUAUGACCAGUUUAGCGAAGAGUCAAAAACUGUAGAUGAGUUGUUAAAGAAGUUUGACGAAUUUUUUGAACCCAAAAAGAACCUCGCCGUAGAGAGACACAAAUUCUUCACACGGAACCAGCAGGAGUUCGAAUCUAUUGAACAGUAUGUCUUUGAAUUAAAUGUGAUGGCGGCAAAGUGUGAGUUUAAAGAUCUGUGCAGUGACCUCGUGAGGGAUCGGUUAAUAUGCGGUAUUCAGGAGACAAGCUUGCGGGAACGACUUCUACGAGAAAGUGACUUGACGCUGCAAAAAGCUAUAGAAAUAUGUAGGCUAGCCGAAAUAUCCCGUGCUCAAGCUGGUCACAUAAAGCAGGACAAUGUGGAACAUCAUGUGCAUGAAAUCAAAACUAAGCAAAAAAUAGCGAUGGAACGUCAAGGUCAACCGAGCUGUUGUUAUAGACAAGAACAUGAGGAUACAGAGGAUAAGGCGGUGCAUGCGGUCAGCGCGAACAAUCGCGGGCGCCGCCGCCGUGGAUCGUGGCGCGGAGGGCGCCCCGGACAGGCACACGCAGCUCCCGGGCACGACAACCUGCCAGCGGCGCGCGGCAAUUGGCAGCGGUCGUCACAAACCAACAGGACUGGCGGCCAUAGCUGUUCGAGAUGUGGGUCUACACAUAAAAGAUUCCAGUGUCCAGCAUUUGGUCAGCUGUGUGACAGGUGCCAUGGACGAAAUCACUACUCGAGAAUGUGUCGCGUGUAUGAAAUAAGAGGGGAAUCCACCGAUGAGGUAAAUAAUAAAUUUAAUAAUGAUAAUGAGUAGUCUGUAACUGUAUCCAUUAACAAUAAGAAUAUUAUGUUUGAACUGGACACGGGAGCUGAGGUAAAUGUUUUGCCAGAAAGGUACUUAAAAAUAUUAGGAAUAGAUAGGCAUUCCCUUAGUACAACCGCGGUAAAAAUAUAUGGUUAUUCACAAGACUUGAUACCCAUUGCGGGUAAAUGUAAUCUAAAAGUUGUGUAUAAAAAUAAUACUUACAUUUUGGAGUUUAUUGUAGCUGAGCUCAAGUCAAGUCCAAUAAUUGGUAGAUACUCUUGUAGAGAAAUGUGCUUAGUACAAAGAGUCCAUGAGCUGUCUAUAGGUAGGUCAAAUAACGCCACCUCUGUAUUGGAUGAGUACCCCGACGUUUUUGACGGUAUGGGGUGUCUACCAGGAGAAUACAAAAUACAAUUACAAGACCAUGCUCAACCGGUUAUUCAUGCCCCUAGAAAAUUGCCAAUUGUGCUAGUAGAACAGGUUAAAAAUAAAUUGAAAGAAAUGCAGGAUCAAGGCAUCAUCGCAAAAGUUGAAGGACCCACCGACUGGGUAAAUAGCAUGACUGUUGUUAAAAAACCGAACGGAGACCUGCGAAUAUGCCUUGACCCGAAGGAUUUAAAUAAAGUAAUUAAGCGAGAGCAUUUUAAAUUGCCCACUUUAGAUGAAAUAACUUCAAGUCUAGCGGGGGCAAAGUACUUUAGCACUCUUGAUGCCAAGCAAGGUUUUUGGCAAGUUAAGUUGAGCCAAGCUAGUAGUGACCUUUGCACUUUUAAUUCCGCCUUUGGUAGGUACAAAUUCCUACGCAUGCCGUAUGGAAUUUCCUCCGCGUCUGAAAUCUUCCAUAGGAAAUUAUAUGAACAUUUUGACGACAUAGAAGGAGUAAAAUUAUUCAUAGAUGAUCUGUUAAUUUAUGCCGAUACUAAAGCAUUACAUGACAUUAGACUAAGGAAAGUGUUACAAAGGUGUAGGGAAAUAAAUAUAAAACUAAACAAAGAAAAGUGCAAAAUAGGCUUAUCAGAGAUAAAAUACUUGGGCCAUAAGAUUACGCAACACGGAGUGAGUCCCGAUGACUCACGCACUAGUGCUAUAAUGAACAUGCCUACUCCUGCGAGUGUCAAGGACUUGGAGAGGUUUCUCGGAUUAAUCACAUAUGUAGGCAACUUUAUACCUAACCUCUCUGAAAAAACUUAUGUAUUACGCGAGUUAUUAAAGAAAGACGUACACUGGCACUGGGAACCAAGGCAUGAUAAUUGUUUUAAUGCUUUAAAAAAAUGCUUAUGUAGUCCUCCAGUUCUGCAAUAUUAUGAUGUUAAAAAACCGGUGACGAUUUCAGUAGACACGAGUAAGAACGGACUAGGUGGAUGCUUACUUCAAAAUGGUUUACCCGUUUGUUAUGUAUCUAAAUCUCUGACAAAAACAGAACAAGCCUACGCACAGAUCGAAAAGGAAUUAUACGCCUGUGUUUUCGCUUGUGAAAAGUUUUAUACAUACAUAUAUGGAAAAAAUGAUGUUACAAUCGAAACUGAUCAUAAACCAUUAGUAAGCAUAAUUAAAAAACCGUUAGUUAAUACGCCCGCUCGAUUACAGAGGAUGUUGCUAAGAUUACAGCCGUACACUUUUAAUUUAAUAUACAAGCCUGGUAGAUACUUAUAUAUAGCCGAUGCCUUAUCUCGUGCGGUGCAGGCCGGCGCGGGCGGCGAUGACAACACACGGGCGAGCGACCUCGACGUGCGCGCGCAGGUGUGCGCCAUCUCGGCAAGCAACCCGCUCACUGAUACGCACUUCUUACAAAUACAAAAAUGCACGCAAGAUGAUGCUGAAUUGAAAGAGCUAACUAAAACUAUAAAAAGAGGAUGGCCAGAUCAUAAAAAAGAUGUUAGUGAUACAUUAAAACCCUAUUAUGCAUAUCAAAAUGAAUUAUCAGUUGCUUAUGGAAUUGUUUGGAGGGGAGAUCGUGUUGUCAUACCUAA